UCCAAAUGUUCCAGAGAGCAGUGAUUUUGAAAGUAAGCUGGACUUGAGGAUUGGCGCAGCACACCGUUGAAGGUAAAAGGCAUUCCCAAGUACUGCUGAAAUCCUAGCAACUAAAACAGCAACUAAUAUUUUGAAUCGGAGGAAGUAUCUUAUUACUAGUAAAAGUCAAUAUUGCCCUUUUUAACUUUGAGAGGGGGUGUAAUGAAGCAAAUCCCGUAUACUGCAGGGUCACACUACUUAACUAACCAGUCGCCAUGCAAUCUAAUAACCUAGCAAGUGCGGUAGCUUGUUUGAGAAACCAAGCAGCAAUGGCGAAGGCGUGCUUGCUGCCUGUGCUGCUCAUGGCAGCACUCGCAGCCACCGUGGAGAGCCUCAGUACCCUGAAUCCAGGCUGUCAGUCGAGCUGCGGUGGCGUGGACGUCCCCUACCCCUUCGGCAUCGGCACAGACAGGGGGGGCGCAGAGUGCUUCCGCCCGGGUUUCCGAAUCGACUGCGUCAACAACACGCCGUUUCUUACGGGCACCACCCAGGUGAUCCCGGUGCUGCAGCUGUCCGUGAUGCCACGCCCGGAGGCGAGGGUGAUGCUGCCCGUGGCGUGGAUAUGCUACAACACCAGCACAUGGAGUGAAGUAACCGGGGAAUACCAUGGCGUGGUGGACUUCAACUCGGCCGGCGUGUACCGCAUCUCCAACUCCAGCAACGAGCUCUUCGUCCUCGGCUGCAACACCAUCAUCUUCAUCAACAGCGGGCGGCCCAGCCGCGGAUACGACCACAGCUACCACGCGGGAUGCAUCAACUACUGCAAAGACCUCCAGAGCGUGCAGGACGGCGCGUGCUCCGGCAUCGGCUGCUGCCACGUCGAUAUCCCGCCGGGCCUCACCGACAACUGGAUGAGGUUCUACUCCUUCAGCCACCAAGGCAUGGAGUUCAGCCCCUGCGAAUAUGCCUUCAUCGUGGAGAAGGGAAACUACAGCUUCCUUGCGGCUGACCUCCAUAUGGACGCCAAGCAGAGGAAGAUGCCGCUACGGCUCGACUGGGCCAUCCGCGACGGCAACAUCAACUCCACCGACUCCCUCACCUGCUCCCAGGCGGCCAACAGGCAGGAGUACACCUGCGUCAGCAAAAACAGCGAGUGUGUCGACGCCACCAAUGGCCCCGGAUACUUUUGUACCUGCAAAAAAGGCUACGAGGGUAACCCGUACCUCCGUGACGGAUGCAUAAAUAUAAUUGAAUGUGAUAGGCUGGCCGAAUUUCCUUGCAAUGGAAAAUGUGAAGACACCGAGGGUUCAUACAUUUGCACAUGCCAUCCAGGCCACACGAGUAAUGGUGAUCCAAAAAUAGACCCAUGCCAUCCAACAUUCACCCUUGCAGCAAAGCUUGCCCUAGGCAUUACUUUGGGCGUAUCCUUCUUAAUAGUUUUUCUUCUUUUGGCAUUCAUUAUGAUCCAAAAGAGAAAGCUGGAUGAACUCUUUGAAAAGAAUGGAGGCAAGAUACUUCAAAAUGUGAAAGGUCUAACUAUUUUUACAAAGGAUGGACUAAAGAAAAUAACAAAAGAUAAUUCAGAUUUCCUCGGUAAUGGUAGCUUUGGUAAAGUCUAUAAAGGAACUCUUUCUGACAAUACCUUGGUUGCUGUUAAGGCCUCUAUCAAGGUAGAUGAGGCUACAAAGGCUGAAUUUACAGAGGAAGUUGAGAUUCAGACAUACAUGAUCCAUAAAAAUAUUCUCAAGCUAAUUGGAUGCUGCCUGGAGGUGGAUGUUCCAGUGUUGGUGUACGAGUUUGCUGCUAAUGGGAGCCUUCAGGAUACUCUCCAUGGGAACAGAACUCAAAAGAUUACUUUAGACUCCCGUCUGGACAUUGCAAUUGGGUCUGCCGAAGGGCUAAGAUACAUGCACUCAUAUACAACUCAAACCAUACGUCAUGGUGAUGUCAAACCAGAUAAUAUACUUCUUGAUGACAAGUUAACACCAAAAAUCUCAGAUUUUGGGUUGUCGAAGCUGCUUAAAGGGGAGUAUUUUGCCAAGACUGUAGUUGGGUGUAUGGGUUACAUAGACCCGGUGUUCAUGAAAACUGGUCUUUUAACACAAAAGAGUGACGUUUACAGCUUUGGAGCUGUACUAUUGGAGCUUAUAACCAGAAAGAAAAAUGUAUAUGAUGAAAAUUGUAGCCUCAUCAUGGAGUAUCAAAAAGUUUAUGAGAAAGAAAGGAGUGGGAGGUCAAUGUUUGACAAGGACAUUGCAAAUGAAGAAGAUAUGGUUAUCCUAGAGGAAAUAGGCAAGCUAGCAUUGGAUUGCCUCAAAGAAAAUAUAGAAGACCGGCCAGACAUGACAGAGGUGGCGGAGCGUCUUGUGAUGAUUAGAAGAGACAAGAAGUUUGGGAAGAAAAACAACAGAAAAGCACACCACAUUGGAAAUAUUACCAUGGACGAUUCUCCCAGCAGCACUGAGGUCAGAGCUAUAUUUUCAGUGGCAUCCAUGGCCAACCAUAAUUUUUCGGGUAAUUACUAGGCAGGUGAAUUAAAUGUAAUAGGACUGGGUAAAUGUAUUUGUUAUGUGUAAUAUUUCAUAAAAAAAAAUAUCUUGUAGGAGUAUCAUGUAAUUUGCCACUGUACAUAACUAUAAUGUAGUGUGUGAUGUUUAAGAUUGGAUCUCCACUGAUCAGUGUUUGCUUAGUGAGCUCUGAUGGUAA